GCGUUUCUUCUUUUUUUUUCGUCUCAUCCACCCUUCAUAAAUUCCCACUCUCUCCUCCACUCCUACCUUUUCUUUUGAGACAGCCUUAUUAUUUUGGUUUGUUGGUAUUGUUUGUUUCCCGCUAUGGCAUCCACACUCAGAUUGGGGAGCGCUGCGCUCCGUUCCACUUCCAUCGCUCAGAAGCCGGUGGUUCAGUCUGCAGCGUUCAAUUGCCUUCGCUACUACUCAUCUGCGAAGACCAAGUCCCUUAAAGACACCUUUGCCGACAAGCUUCCCGGCGAGGUUGAGAAAGUGAAGAAGCUCAGAAAGGAAUUCGGCUCCAAGGUCAUUGGAGAGGUCACCCUUGACCAAGUUUAUGGAGGUGCCCGUGGUGUGAAAUCCCUCGUCUGGGAGGGAUCUGUUCUUGACUCCGAGGAGGGUAUUCGUUUCCGAGGAUACACCAUCCCUGAAUGCCAGAAGCUGCUCCCUAAGGCCCCAGGGGGCGAGGAGCCUCUUCCAGAAGGUCUUUUCUGGCUGCUGUUAACCGGAGAAAUCCCCAGCGAGCAACAAGUCCGCGCGCUUUCUGCCGAGUGGGCUGCUAGAUCCGAUGUCCCCAAGUUCGUCGAAGAGCUCCUCGACCGCUGCCCAAGCACUCUGCACCCAAUGGCCCAAUUCUCCCUCGCCGUGACCGCCCUGGAGCACGAGUCUUCCUUCGCAAAGGCUUAUGCCAAGGGUAUCAACAAGAAGGACUACUGGCAGUAUACAUUCGAGGAUUCCAUGGACUUGAUCGCCAAGCUGCCGACAAUUGCCUCUAAGAUCUACCGCAAUGUCUUCAAGGAUGGCAAGGUCGCCCCGAUCCAGAAGGACAAGGACUAUGGCUUUAACUUGGCCAACCAGCUUGGCUACGGAGAAAACAAGGAUUUUGUUGAGCUCAUGCGUCUCUACCUCACUAUUCAUUCCGACCACGAGGGUGGUAACGUCAGUGCGCACACCACUCACCUUGUCGGCAGCGCUCUCAGCUCUCCUAUGCUCUCUCUUGCUGCCGGUUUGAAUGGUCUUGCUGGUCCUCUCCACGGAUUGGCCAACCAAGAAGUGCUUGUCUGGCUUCAGAAGAUGAAGAAGGCCAUUGGCAAUGAUCUUAGCGACCAGGCCAUCAAGGACUACCUCUGGUCUACAUUGAAUGCCGGCCAAGUUGUCCCAGGCUAUGGUCACGCCGUCCUCCGCAAGACCGAUCCCCGAUAUGUGUCCCAGCGCGAGUUUGCUCUCCGCAAACUGCCUGAUGACCCCAUGUUCAAGCUUGUCAGCCAGGUUUACAAGAUUGCUCCAGGCGUUCUUACCGAGCAUGGCAAGACUAAGAACCCUUACCCCAAUGUGGAUGCUCACUCUGGUGUUCUCCUCCAGUACUAUGGCUUGACUGAGGCCAGCUACUACACUGUCCUCUUCGGUGUGUCUCGUGCGCUCGGCGUCUUGCCACAGCUGAUCAUUGACCGUGCUCUCGGUGCUCCAAUUGAGCGACCCAAGUCCUUCAGCACCGAAGCUUAUGCUAAGUUGGUUGGAGCCAAGUUGUAAAGAUCCAAGUCCCUUGGCUUUGCAGCGUUUUCAAUAUGGCAUGAGACUCGCACGAUUUAUUACUUUUAGGGAGCUCGCUUUCUCCCUUCCAAACUGUCUACCCUCCGCUUUUUACUUUUUCCGUCGAGCACAAAUUUCUUUUCUUUCCAGUGGGAUUCUCAGGGUUCAAACGGGAGGUGUAGGGUAGAGGUUCUUGGUUAUUGAUUUAUGUAUAGUCCAAGUACUGCGAGUUUGCUUUUUUUUUUUUUUUAACCAGUGUAUUAAUAUGAGGCCACUUAUGUGCUGCUCUGCAUCUCGUCUCCU